AUGGGUUUACAACCGCUUCCGAGGCCGUGGAUUGGCCUCGCAUUGAUCUCGCUUGCACUCAUCUGGCUCAUCCGGCUCCUCUCCUCCUCGCACAAUCGCCACGCUAUAGACGGCGUGGUACCUUCGAUGCCAAACGACGUUAAACUCACGGACAAGCCUGCAGAAACUCUGGUACCGCUUACGUCUCCAUCUCGCGCUCCUCCCGCUUAUGACGGGCCCCCGAUCCCUCGCAAAAUAUGGCACAUCUUCUUCCCUCUCAACGACGUAGUUACCGAUAAAAAUGUCAAGUUCGUCGCUGACUGGAUCAAGAGUGCCCCUGGAUACACCUAUACACUCUUGGGUGCCGAGGGUGGUUCUGCCCUAAUGGCAGCGUAUUAUGGAUCAGAAUCCGAGCAAUUCGUCCUAUUCAACCAACUUAAAAACCCGGCGCUCAAGUCUGACCUCCUGCGCUACCAUGUGCUGGCUGCAGAAGGAGGCUACUACGCUGAUGUUGACACCCGGCCUCUGCUGCCAAUACAGGACUGGAUAGAUUCAAGUCUACGGCCCAAGGUCCGGCUCGUAUGUGCGCCCGAGUUUGACGUGGGGAUCACGCCUGAGGAGAAUCCUCUCUAUAACAUACGUUUUGGACAAUGGGUUAUCGCUGGAGCGCCGGGCCACCCGGUCCUGCAGCGCAUGGCCCGGCGGGCCCUGGAUGGCGUGCGGGACUUGGCGAAGGCGGCGGGAACAACGCUUGACCGUGUGCGGCCAAACAAUAUCCAGGUGCUCAACGCUACCGGCCCAUUGCCAUGGACUGAGGUCAUCUGGGACUACCUGCGCGAGGUGGACCCAACUCUCCUGACGGACUACAGCUCCAUAAGCCAGCUGUCUGAACCGCGGCUGGUUGGCGAUGUACUGGUCAUGCCCAUCGUUUCUUUUCGUGCGCCGACAAAAGAAGAGGCCCCGUGGUUCGAGGAGCAUGGUGACCACAGGGUCUUGGAGCAUCACAUGCAGGGCACCUGGAGGUUUUGGAAGCCACCUCCAGAGUAG